AUGGCAAAAGGCCCCCUCUACCUCCCAGUCUCGGCUGACGACGUCCCUCCCGUCGAGAGGUCUUCCAAGAGCCGAUGGCCUCUUAUCGCCCUCGGUCUACUCGCUACCUCUGCAGUGGUCACCUCUUGGCCCUUGUCCAUCCCGCAGAUAGUCUUCAAUGAGUCUUCUCUCUCCUCUUCUGACUUUACUGCGGAUGUAAAGAAAGGGCUCUGUGUGCAAGCUGAGCCUAUCAUGCCGGAGGGUUACAAUACAACCCGGAUCUUUGAGGAGAAGGAUGUUAUCAUCAAGAGACUCCAGGAUGCUAUUAGGAUCCCCACAGAGAUGUUUGACGAGAUGGGCCCGGUGGAUGAAGAUCCUCGAUGGCAGAUCUUCUCCCAAUUCCAUGAUUUCCUUGAAAAGACAUUCCCUCUGAUCUAUGGUGUCGCGGAAGUCACCAAGACCGACUGGGCUCUCGUCUACGAGAUCAAGGGUUCCGACACGUCUCUCAAGCCCCUCUUCCUCACUGCCCAUCAAGAUGUUGUGCCUGUCCUCCCCUCUACUCUUGAUCAGUGGAUCCACGAUCCCUUCGGGGGCGAGUACGAUGGCACGUCCAUCCACGGGCGAGGGUCAUCCGACACCAAGAGCAGUCUGAUCGCUGUCAUGUCUGCGCUUGAACAUCUUAUCAAGACUACCGACUUCAAGCCCAAGAGGACCAUCAUUCUCGGAUUCGGCUCCGACGAAGAACGAGGUGGUCAGGUCGGUGCGCCUGCUAUCUCCAGAUACCUGGAAGGCAAGUAUGGCAAGAACUCCAUGGCUCUUCUCAUUGACGAGGGCUCCGGCUUGAUCAACACUUGGGGCCAAGAGUUCGCUACCCCUGCUGUCGCCGAGAAAGGCCACUACGACCUCGGUAUCACCGUCUCUACCCUUGGCGGUCACUCGUCCGUCCCUCCUCCCCACACUGCUAUCGGACUCAUCUCCCUUCUCAUCGCCGAGCUUGAAUCCCACCCUCACGAGGCCACGAUCGCCAAAGAGUCGCCAGUGUAUGAGUUUGUGACCUGUGCCGCCGCUUUCGCUCAAGGUAUUCCGAAGAGCUUGAAGGGGCUGAUCGUGAAGGCAGAGGAUGGGGAUGUGAAGGCUUGGAAGAGUUUGCCUGAGGAGAUUAUCAGUAGCGGGAUGGGUGGUGCACCUGCUGGACCUGGGCAGGGCGAUAGUAUCAGGAGUAUGUUGAGCACUACCCAAGCUGUUGAUAUCAUCAACGGCGGUCUCAAAGUCAACGCUCUCCCGGAAUCUGUCAAAGCCAUCGUCAACCACCGCGUCAACUUCCUCUCCAACCACGAGGAACUCCAAGCGCGCACGAUCUCAGUUCUCAAGCCCGUCUGCCAGCAAUACAACAUCACCCUCAUCGGCUUUGACGGCGAGACCGUCUUCUCUGGUACCCCUUCUACCAAGGUCGCCUUGGACGUCGCGUUCGGCUACUUUACCGACCCUUCGCCUCAUAGCCCGGUGUCGGUGGAAGACCCGGCUUGGAGGGUGUUGGCUGGAACGACGAGGGGUGUCUGGGCCAGUCGAUCGGAGGUCAGUGAAGAUGGGACCAUCGUCGAAUUGGGACCGGGGGAGGAUAUCGUUAUGGCGCCUUUCAUGUCUACUGGUAACACCGAUACCAGACGCUACUGGAACCUUACGCCAAACAUCUACCGAUACAGAUACACGCCCAUGACUGGUGCGGCAGGAGCGCAUACAAUCAAUGAGUACUCGAAUGCGUAUGAUUUGAUCGAGUUUGCUAGGUUUUACCAGGCGAUCAUCUUGAACAUGGAUGCUGCUGAGGACGUUGCUUGA